CGCUCUGUUUUACCGUUGCUAGGACACAACAGCAACAAGAAAUAUAGGAAAGGCUUAGUUUGGUUGUUGUGGUGAAGGAAUUCUAACUUUUCUCUGGAUUAUCCACAUACUUUGGAUAAAAAAAGUAUACAAAAUGAGUACUCGACAAGUACUUCAAGUUUUCGAACAGUACCAGAAGUCAAGGACCUCGUUUGUGCAGACUGUCGCAGAACUUGCUUCAAGACCACAAAAUAUAGAAACAUUGCAAAAUGCUGGUGUAAUGUCACUUCUCCGGCCUUUGCUACUAGAUAUUGUACCUACGAUCCAACAGACAGCUGCUUUAGCUCUUGGCAGAUUGGCCAACUACAAUGAUGAUCUUGCUGAGGCUGUUGUCAAGGCAGAUAUUCUUCCCCAAUUGGUGUAUUCCCUGGCAGAGCAGAAUAGAUUUUACAAGAAGGCUGCUGCAUUUGUUUUGAGAGCUGUCGCUAAACACUCAGCACAACAUGCUCAGUGUGUUGUUGACUGUGGAGCUCUAGAUGCACUGGUCAUUUGCCUGGAAGAGUUUGAUCCUGGAGUCAAAGAAGCAGCAGCAUGGGCUUUAGGAUACAUAGCCAGACACAAUGCAGAGCUUUCUCAGGCAGUGGUAGAUGCUGGAGCUGUUCCUCUGCUUGUCCUGUGUAUCCAGGAACCUGAACUGGCUCUCAAGAGAAUUGCCUCCUCAGCUCUCAGUGACAUUUGCAAGCAUUCUCCUGAGCUUGCUCAGACAGUGGUUGAUGCUGGUGCCAUUGCCCAUCUUGCUCAAAUGAUUCUCAAUACUGAUGCAAAACUCAAGCGUCAAGUGUUCUCUGCUCUAAGCCAGAUUGCGAAGCAUUCUGUAGACCUUGCAGAAAUGGUUGUUGAGGCAGAAAUCUUUCCUGCUGUUUUGAAUUGCUUGAAAGAUCCCGAUGAGUAUGUGUGCAAAAAUGUAGCCACACUUAUCAGAGAGAUUGCCAAACACACACCUGAGCUUGCUCAGCUGAUUGUCAACGCAGGAGGAGUAGCUGCUGUGGUAGAUUAUGUCGGGGAUAAAAGUGGAAAUGUUCGUCUGCCUGGAGUUAUGAUGCUGGGAUAUGUUGCGGCACACUCUGAAAAUCUAGCUAUGUCAGUGAUCGUCUCCAAGGGAGUCGUGCAGCUUUCGAUUUCAAUAGCUGAAGAGUCAGAAGAUCACAUACAGGCUGCAGCAGCAUGGGCGCUUGGCCAGAUUGGCCGCCAUACUCCAGAGCACGCUAAAGCUGUUGCUGUUGCCAAUGUCCUCCCAAAGUUGCUUCAGUGCUACCUUCGACCUGACAGCUCUGAGGACUUACAAACAAAGGCCAAAAAAGCAUUAAAGAACAUCCUUCAAAAGUGUACACAUCUGCCGGCACUAGAACCCCUUCUCCACGAUGCCCCACCUAACAUCCUGAAGCAUGUUGUUGGACAAUUCGCCAAGGUCUUGCCACAUGAUGCUAAGGCCCGUAGGCUGUUUGUGACUAGCGGUGGGCUCAAAAAAGUUCAGGAGAUCAAGGCAGAGCCGGGAUCCGCACUCCACGAAUACAUUAACACCAUCAAUAACUGUUAUCCUGAGGAGAUCGUCAGAUAUUACUCUCCUGGUUACUCUGAUCGCCUUCUGGAAAGAGUGGAACAGUAUCAACCAGUCGCUUAGAACAAGCCAUUUUAUGUUUAGUAAAUUAUAGACCCAAGCAAGUGUAUAUGAAGUGCUUUACCCCUGAAUUUCAACAAGUCAUUUUUGUUGUGUAAAUUAGACCCAAGCCAGUAGAGCUCUUUACCUGUAGGCUAGUGCUUUAUAGGGAAAUUUCCAAACUUUCAGUCAUAAAUUGCCUUUCCAUCUUUUUUAGAAUGUAAUUUUGUUAUUAUAUUCAAAGCUUCAGUAGACUAUUGUAAAUAACUGGGGAAAACUGUUAACUAUCUCUGGACGUUUGUGAAAAUUUUAUGUACAUGAAAUAAAUAAAAAAAAUCGAUAUUAUUCAAUCUUA